ACAUUCUUUCUAGCAAAACACUGGUUCCAUCUCAAGUGGACACUAGUCUUGAAUCUUGAAAUUUGAAAAUCAAGUAGAUGGUUGGGUAAAUACGAGCAUAAAAUAAAAAUAAAAUGUCAUCUCUUUGAUCGAAAAGAUACGAGAGGACUUUUCGCUUAUUGGUAGUUUCUUUCCGGAAGAGAAUAGCGGACGUACCAGCUUCUUCACAGAGUUUGCAAUUCCCGUAUUUGAAGAGUAUUAUUCUUACUUUUUAUGUUAGUUUUGUGGUGCAACAUGGCAAGUUUUCGGACCAUUGCGGGCUGUGUGUGUCUCCUUCUCGCGUUCGUGUUAAAGGCAGUGUGCGGCGACAUUACGGAUGGCAACGCAGAGCACCUUAAACGAGAACACUCGUUGAUGAAACCUUACCAAGGCGUGGGCAGCAGCCCGUCCAGCCAGUGGGACUUCUCAGGGAGCACGUUGGUGACCAGCUCCUAUGUGCGACUCACUCCAGAUGAGAGAAGCAGACAGGGAUCCAUCUGGAAUACUGUCCCGUGUUACUUGAAAGACUGGGAGAUGCACGUCCACUUUAAAAUCCAUGGACUGGGCAAGAAGAGUCUCCAUGGUGACGGCAUCGCUUUCUGGUACACGAAAGACAGACUGCAUGCAGGCUCGGUGUUUGGUAACCAGGAUCAGUUUGUAGGCCUGUCCAUCUUUCUGGACACCUUCCGCAACGACCUGCAAGGCAUGGACCGUUCCUUCCCGUACAUUUCGGCCAUGGUGAACAAUGGCUCGGUGAGCUACGAUCAUGGCAAAGACGGACGCUCGUCAGAGCUGGGGGGCUGCUCGGCCGAGAUCCGAAAUCGAGAGUUUGACACCUACCUUGCUAUUCGCUACUCCAAAGGGAGACUCACUGCGAUGGUGGACGUGGAUGACAAGAACGAGUGGAAGGAAUGCAUCGACAUCGGAGGCGUUCGUCUUCCCACGGGAUAUUUCUUUGGCGCCUCAGCGGCCACUGGAGAUCUUUCUGACAACCAUGACAUAAUCUCAAUGAAGCUGUACCAACUGAUGGUAGAGCAUACUCCUGAGGAGGAGAACCUGGACUGGACCAAGAUCGAGCCAAGCGUCAGCCUGCUUAAGUCGCCCAAAGACAAUAUUGACGACCCGACGGGGAACUUCCGUGGCACGCCAUUGACAGGCUGGAAGGUGUUCUUGAUACUACUGUGUGCACUGCUGGGCAUCGUGGUGUGUGGCGUGGUGGGUGCCGUGGUCUUCCAGAAGCGGCAGGAGCGAAACAAGAGGUUCUACUAAGAGAAAGAGGCCUCGGGAGGAGCAGAGGAACAGCCACUGGGUGGAGGAAGAACUUGUGGUGAACUAUUGAAGCACAGGUUAAUGUGAAUCUUUUUUUUUUUUUGUCAAAAGAAUGUACAGCUAUGGAAGCACUGCUCUCUUUUUUUUUUUUUUUGAGUUGGGGCUGUUUUACUGCUUGUUUAAAUGGCAACCUGGUUACCAUGGAAACAGCACAACCAUUGGCGCUGUCAUUUUUUAUUUUGUUGUUGAAACUCAUAGGUCUUCUCAAACUCGUAUAUCCUCAAAUUCAGCCAUUUACCUUUGAUGUUGACCGUGAGCCAAAUCAACUGUUUUUCCAUAUCAUGUGAUCAGGUGGAGUAAACGGCUUUUAAUUGUCCACCAGGACAUAAACCACUUUAAAAUGUGUGUAGAAAUGCUCUGACCGCCUUCUAAAAUGCCUCAUAAACAUGGAUGUUGUUAAAGCUAAACAAAAUUAAUUGCCUUGCUUUGAGCCAAAUUGGCCGUCAUUCCAUUGCUUUAAUUGUUCAAAUUGGGUAAGGCGUCACAAGGAUUAUGAUUGAUGUCUUCCACCUUAAAUGCUUGGGUUUAACAAGCGAUAAAUAGUCUGCACAUUUUCCCAAAUUCUUCCAAUUGACUCACAAGUGACCGAUUUUGACUCUGUUAAAAUGGCAGAAGAAGAAAUGAGCAUUUCUAUCAAAGUGUAAACAUGUUUAGCAAACAUGUUUAAAUGUAAUGUCUGGUAGGAAAGAAAUGACCUGUUUGUGUUACUAAAUUGAAUUGUGUGGCUGUGUACUGUAUGUUUGGUUACUGAAUGUGAGAAAUAAAAUAUUUGACAGCAGCAUCUAUA